GAAAAACAAACUUUAGUCUAUGUUUAAUUUACGACUUUUAGUAGAAGGAAAACCAAGCAGACGCAUUUUACGGCCGUUUUAGUGUUGAAUUCAUUCAAAAUGGCCAAAAGAAAGAAUAAACCGUUGAUCGAUUCUGAUUCAAGCAGCGAAUGCUCAGAUUUGGAGUCACAACUGCUAAAUCUCGCGAAAAAGAAGAAGAAAACAGAUGUUCAACCCCCACCUAAGCCAAGGAGCAGAUCCUCAGGGAAGUCAUCCGACAGUGAUUCAGAUGAUGAUAAUGACGAAAAACCUAAUCACUCUAAGUCAUCAGCAUCAUCGUCUGAUUCUGAUUCAGACAGUGACGCCAAAAGCAAUGCAUCCAAGAGCAGAGACUCGCCUCCGAAGCGGGCUUCCUCAGAUGAAGAGUCGAAGGAGACAGAGCCAAAGAGAUCUGAAACCAGGAAGAGCAUUGAAAGUGCUGGAUCGGAGAAGAAAAAAGAUACCUUCAGUGAGCCAGAGGAAGGUGAAGUAUCUUCACAUUCGUCAGACAAUGACUCAGUUGACUCUGAAGAGGAAUUUGAUGAUGGGUAUGAUGAAAAUUUAAUGGGUGAUGAAGAGGAUAGAGCUCGUCUGGCUGCCAUGUCAGAGAAAGAGAGAGAACAAGAGAUUUUCAAACGUAUAGAGAGAAGAGAUUUAAUGAAAACUAGAUGGGAGAUAGAACGUAAGCUACGCUUAGCGAGACGUUCUGCGGCUGAACGAUCUGCAUCUCCGGGAGAAAUAGCUAGAAGGAGAGAGGCCAGGAAACGGAGGAGAGCCAUGCGUGAACAGAGAUUGAAGGAGAGGGAGAAAGAGAAAGAAAGACAGCGGCAAGCUGCUGAAGCAGAAGCAGAGAAAGAGAAGGAAAAAGAAAAAGAGCCCCAGAAUGAACCAGAAGAGACGCCUCCUAGUCCUGGAGAAAUACUGGACGAAAGUAAAGAUAUGGAGCCCUCAGAGAGAUCAGCCUCUCCGCUGUUUGGCUGUAAAACAGAACGGAAACGCGCCGUGGAUGACAAACGACAGAAUGCUAUGGCCGCGUUGCGAGCUCAAAGGGCUUCGAGAGUGCAAAGGGCGCCGGCUGACGCUGAAGCAGAUUUAAUAGGCGGCUCGAGCAAACAGACUGUGAAACUUAAAGCUUCAGAUAUUUAUUCGGACGACUCCGGCUCUGAAUCUGAAGAUAAUAAAUCAGCUCGGAGAAGUUCCACGAGCUCAUCCUCGUCCGGUGCAGAAGAAGAAGAGAGAGAGAAGAAACGACAAGAAGUGGAAGUCAGAUACGCCGACACCAGGGAACAAAUCAACAAACUGCGCUUAAGCAGAUUCAAACUGGAAAGACUGGUGCACUUGCCGUUUUUCACUCGUGUAGUCACAGGGUGUUUCGUCAGGAUCGGCAUAGGGAAUAACAACGGGAACCCUGUAUACAGGGUGGCAGAGAUCAUAGACGUGCACGAAACUGGGAAGGUUUAUAACUUGGGCAACACAAGAACAAAUAAAGGCUUCAAAUUGAGGCACGGAACUCAGGAUAGAGCGUUUAGAUUGGAAUUCGUCAGUAAUCAGGAAUUCACGGACGGAGAAUUUCACAAAUGGUACAAAGCUUUAAAGGAUGCGAACAAGAAGCCGCCCACCAUGGACUUCGUCAGGAAUAAGAUCAACGAAGUCAAGCAGGCGCUCAUGUACGAAUUUAAGGAAGAAGAUAUUGAGAAAAUAGUGGCAGAGAAGGAGAGGUUCAGAUCUCACCCGACCAACUAUGCGAUGAAAAAGACGCAGCUUAUGAAAGAGAGGGACGUGGCACAACUGAGGGGUGACGAUGAACUGGUGAUGGACCUAAACUCCAAGAUCGAAGAGUUGGAGGAGCGUGCCAACCAGCUCGACAAGACGCGGACCUCGUCCAUACAGAGCAUCUCGUACAUCAACAACAGGAACCGGAAGCUGAACGUUGAAACCGCCGAGAAAGCUAUCAUGGAGGAGGUCAAAGCGAAUAAAGGAAAGAAAACAGACGACCCGUUCACGAGGCGACACACCAAGCCCGUCAUGAACUUUAAAUCACAAAGCAGCAGGAGUCAGGAGCUAAUAAGCAACCAGCAGGCCGCAGCUGUGGAAGCCCAGAUACAAAUUGAGGAAGAGAGGAUGGAGAAGGAGAAAAUUGAGAGAGAUAGACUUGAAAACCACGAGGAGGCGAAGAGGUCCCGCGGCGAGCACCCCACGUCCAGCGACACCAGCCUGUACUCGCUGCACGACUUCGAAAUUAACAUAGACCUAGAUCUACCUGCAGCAAAAUCCGUGUCGAGCCAGCCGAAGCAGGUGACGACGAAGGUCAAGGAGACGGGGCCCAAGCGCUCGCUCAACCUCGAGGAGUACAAGAAGAGGCACGGGCUCAUUUGAGUGUCGCCAUCCCCCCGCGGCCCUCCGCCCGGCCCCCCGACUGGGAACCAUCCGGUGUGCUUUGAAUUCGUGAAGAUAAUUAAUACAAAAGUGAAGUUCAACUGUGGAAGUGUAUCAGAGCGAAAAGCGCGCGAGUGUUGCCAGGAAUUUGAAGUUGUGUUUGUGCAGUGGCAACACUGAACUCAUUGCAAUAGUGUCGAGUGAUAUUGAGCCUCUGUGAAGUUAAUUUUAAUCGAUGAUUGUGCGAACAAAUAUACAUUAGGACUCGAAUGAUACGUUGAUUUUAAUGAAAAUGUUUGAGUUAUGGCGUCGUGAUCUUACCGCCUAUGGGACUUACAUAACGAACCUACCUUACUAUAGACACACGUACUCAUGUUACUUAUUGCUCAGCCAAGUAACGUGCUCACGACUCGUCUGGCGCUAAGUUGUUCGUGUAGCAACGCGAGCGCCGCCAGCCGCCUUGAGGCUUGAGGUCUGCGUCUCAACAGUCAUUAUCAAUUGAGGUUACCGCCCCCGCUCAUUGCUCAUGCAUCAUCAUAUCGAGGGUUGAUAAUUCUAUUUAAUGAAUCAAUUUCUUGGUAUGGAGGCGUCUUCAGUAAACACGCGAUCGAAAUACAAAUUCCACCUUUAGAAAUAAAGUGACUUAACAAGUUCUUUUAAAGAAAAUAAGUUUUAUACUUUGUACGACUUACAAACAAUAAAGUCGCUGUCAAACCAAAAUCUGCUAUGUAAAUUUUAUAUGAAGUUGAAUUUUUAAGAACUAUAUCAAAUGAAAGCCGUAAAUUAAUAUUAAAGCUAUAGACACAACAGUUUUUUUAUACAGUAGAUAUAAGGCUGUGAACUAUACGAAAAGGUCAAAAAGUAAAAAUCUCAAAAAGUUCACAUAGCAGAUUUUGGUUUGACAACUGCGAUAUGUAUUCAAUCGUUUUAUUAAAAAUAAACUGUCCUAGAAAAGGACAGGACUUACUGUUUCCGUUUUUUUUAAAUCAAGUGUCAACCUUAAAGUACUAAAAUCGAAAAUACAAAAAAAAACCUCAAUUACAUUUUUGGAAUUUGAGUUUACCAAAAAAAAUUACAAUUUUGAAUAAAGCCAUUUCAAUUCUAAAGCUGCGAAAUGUAACAAAUACGUGAACUAUAUAAUUGUUUUUAACGGAUCGACUAGCUAUACAACCGUCUGGUCAGUUGUUAUUCACAAUGUCAAUUGUCGUGACAAAUUUCCCUGGGAUAAUGUAAAUAUCGAGGGGCGAAAAACUAUUCGGCUUAAGCGACAUUUUUGCAAUUCUUUUAGCAAUUUAAAGUUAAAAAUUUGGAAAAAUAUAACAAAAAAAGACUUUAGCUAUUCAACUAAAGUAAACUUAAUUGAGGUUAAAUUAAUGAGGUUCAAUUAAAAAACAUUUAACUGUUGAUGCUAAUGCCAAAUAAAAUAGACCUUUAAUUAAUUACAAAGGUAAAUGUCACUUAAACCAAAUAGCCUUUUGCCCCUCUAUAUAUAUUCAUACAGGAUAUAUUGUUAGGCCUCGGAAAGUUCUCGAAGGCUUCUACGUUCAUCGACGUAAAAAAAAACUAGAAACGACUCAUUAAAAAAUAUAUAUGACUUUUAGAUUUAGAUAUAUAUUUUUUUAUAUUUUUUUUUCUCUGUGGAGGGUAAAGACGAGAGGUCUUUGUGAGGGAAAAAUUCACAAAAUAUCCGGCUGUGAGCUCUUGUAUGCAAUUGAAAAACUCAUUAAAACAGCAUUAGAGUAGGUAAUGUCAUAUAAAUAUAGUAAAUAUAAGUAGAGUGAAGGUUGUCGAGUUUUUUAGUUAUUUAUUGCUUAGACGGGUGGACGAGCUCACGGUUCAUCUGGUGUUAAGUGGUCACCGGAGCCCGUGGACAUCAACAAGGUAAAUGCCGCCACUCAGCAUGAGACAAGAGUUCUAAGGUCUCAGUUUUAUAGUACAACGUCUGCCCCACCCUACGAAACGCAUUACUGCUUCACGGCAGAAAUAGGUAGGGUGGUGGUACCCACCCUGCAAACUCACAAGAGGUCCUACCAGUAAAUUCGACGCCAUCUUUGAAUUGACGCUUCUCUACGCUGGUCACUUUUCUAGCGUAUAGAAUGUGUUCCUUGGACUUUUUGGCGGGAACGCGAGGAGUGAAGUUGUAUGAUUUGUUUUAUAUUGUCUAUUUAGUGUUUCUUCAGGUUUAAGUGUUUAAUAACGGUGGUUUAUUAACUAUUUAAUAUCUGGGAAAAUGAAAUAAAGCCGCUGGACGUAACUUCUCGGGAUCCUCCAAAAAGUCCACUGAAAAAAUCUCAGUAAAUGACCACUGUUUUACUGAGAUUUUAUUUCAUCCCAUAUCAUCUCAUUUCAUUUAAUUUCAUCCCGAUUGAUUAAUGUCUCAAAUUAAUCAUCUUCGUUUGACUUCAUUUAUCAUUUUUCAUAAAAAUAAGAAUAUAAAUUAAAAUAAGACAUGACUUAAAGGUCUUAGUUACCAGGUCAUAAAAUCCCUCAAAAAAAAAAAGCGAAUGUGCUUUUUCCCUCUGCCCUCCGUGCUGUUAUGGGAAUGAUCUUUUAAUUGCAUUCCGACAAUGUUAGGGAGCUUUCUGUACUUAAGCUAGGAACUUGCAGGCUCUACGGAGCACGGCUUUUUUUUAUUUUAAAGGGGAACGUGAGCAUGCUCACGAGCGCUCACCCCCUCCAGCUGUCAAGUCGGAAUGCAAUUAUAAAGCCCUAAUAUAAACUUAAUUAUCGAUAGAUAGUUUUCGUAAUUUAUUUAUUAAAUUAGAUUUAAUGCUUUUUUUUCCAGUAAUGUCUACUUUAAGGUUAUGAAAGCGAAGUUAUAACAAAGUUGUAUGUUAUAUUGUUAAGUGACCAGUUCCGUCUGCGUGUAAAGGAACGUGUCAAUACUAAAUGUUGAAAUUUACAGUGGGCCCUGGUGAUCGCUUUACAACAGCCGGACCCCUGUCAGUCCAAAUAGCGCCACCGGAAAAUAUUUUUUUGAACUACUGAUUUAUGUUAUUAAAAAAAAAAACAAAUAAAUAAAUCGUGAAAAA